AUGUUGGAUUGGUCGAAUCCAUUGCUGAAAGUUCAGGCUAUGGCCUUUGUCCCCUUAUGUAUUGGCAAUCUGUUUAUGUUUAUUGCUUUAUUGACUCCAGCAUGGCAGGUAGCAGAAGAUACAGACGCUCAUCGAUAUAUGCAAAGCGGUUUGUGGAUGUAUUGCCCCGGUGGUGUACCUUGUUGGUACAUUUUUAGUGAUAAUUUGAUUAAUUAUUAUGAAAAAGUUGAUGUUUGUCGAUUCCUUUUAAUCGGUGAUUGCCGUAAAAAACUCAUCAAGACACCAUAUUUCUUCGGUUGGCAUUAUGCAGUUCUGGUUUUACUAUUGUUUGCCUUAGCAUUUGGACUCAUUGCUGCAGGAUUUCUCGUACUUGGCGUAUAUCGAGCCAGCAAAGUUCGAUUGCUUACAAUCAUUUUCAUCCUGUUUAGCUUUUUAUCUUUCCUGUUCUCAUCAGUGGGAUUGGCUGUUUUUAUGAUUAACGCUGAAAUGUUGGAAUCUCGUUUCCUGAUUGGUAUCAAAAAUACAUUCAAGAAGGAAUAUGGUUAUUCGUUCUAUCUUGCCGGAUUAGCAUGCAUGUUUCUGAUGUUUGGCUUAUUGGCUGGUGUUAUGGUAAUGAGUUACAUAUUUUUGACGAAAAGCGGGCGCAGUUAUGUAAACGAAGCAAAACUCAAACACUCAAGUCCAUUAUCAUGGCGAUCAUUUAUGGGUAUGAAGAAACCGGAGAAUAUGGCAAAACAUCCCGGCAGUCAAACAACUUCAUAUCCCACGAUUCCGGUUUUUCAAAAUGUCUUCGAACAUCCACCGCGACCAGGCAGUAAUACAGCAUCACAGUCGAUAACACCAUUACCGCCAGAAUAUAUGUCAACAACCAGAACAUUCCUCAGCUAUUAA